CGGCCCCCCGCGGGCCCCGCCGGCCCGCCGCCCAGCGCGCCGUCUCCUCCGUGCGCCGCCCGCCCGGGCGCGCCGCCUGCCCCGGCGCCUGCCGCUGCCUCGAUCUCCUGCCUCCUGGGAGCCCCCGGCGGGCCGCGACCCCAGCUCGAGCUGCCGCGCAGCCGCCGCCGCCGCCACAGCGACCACAGCCGCCGCCCGAACCACCGCCAGACACCCAGAGAGAGGCCGGAGGCCGCGGGGGGGCGAGGACCCGGGUAG